CCCUCACCGGCUUUGCUGUGAUUGGUGCAGCAUCAUGUAACAGUUCUUCUUCUGCAUUGCUCCAUCAGCUAUCUGAUGUCGGUUUCUGUGCGACUAAACACACUUCCUGCUGAUUGUGUAUUUUUCCAAACAAUCGCUGCUCAUUUCCCAUCAUGUCCACGAUGUCACAGACAAUGGAACUAUUUAGGAGAGCAGACGCUGUCUGUUUCGAUGUCGACAGCACCGUCAUCAAAGAAGAAGGCAUAGACGAGCUCGCCAAGUUCUGCGGCGUGGGGGAUGCCGUCACUGAAAUGACUCGUAAAGCCAUGGGGGGUUCGAUGACUUUCAAAACAGCCUUGACUGAGCGCCUGGCUAUUAUCAAAUGUUCUCGAGAACAAGUCAACAAAUUGAUCACAGACCACCCACCACAGCUGACCCCAGGUAUCAGGGAGCUUGUGGACCGGCUACAUCAGCGUAACAUCAAGGUGUUCCUCAUCUCAGGCGGCUUCCGUUGCAUUGUUGAACACGUGGCCGCUCAACUUAACAUUCCUCUAGAUCAUGUCUACGCCAAUCGACUCAAGUUCUACUUCAAUGGCGAGUACGCCGGAUUUGACGAGAGCCAACCCACAGCCGAGAGUGGUGGCAAAGGAAAAGUCAUCAGCAUGUUGAAAGAAAAGUAUGGCUUCAAAACGGUAGUGAUGAUAGGAGACGGAGCCACUGAUCUAGAAGCCUGCCCCCCAGCUAGCGCUUUCAUUGGAUUUGGCGGCAAUGUGGUGAGGCCACAGGUUAAAGAGAUGAGUAUGUGGUACGUCACAAGUUUUGGAGAGCUGUUGAAAGAACUGGAAAAGAUUUAAGGAUAGUGUUGUUUAGUUUUUUUUAACUAAUUUACUAAUGUUAUUUGCACCUACGAGUGUCUCUGAUGGUUUUAUCCAUUGUGCAUACAUCGUUUAUGUCAAAAGAUGUUUAAUUACGGACCACGUGUACUUUAGCGAGACCGUUUUUUCUUUCUACUGUGCUUUUCACGGUCUUCAUUUGUCUAUAUAAAAACAUACUAAAAAUAUUGACUGUCGGUUUGAAGAUUUAGAAAAUUAUUUUAGUAGUACAUGCACUUUUUCUUUUCCAUCAGAGACUUACAACUCCGACAUGACGGCAAGUGCAAUGAGAUUUUAAAAUAUGAACUGAAUUGUAGUCAGCCAAUGAAGGAAAGUCUCCAGCGAAUUAAGACCAUAAGCAUUAAACAGUAAAACUGUU